UCGGUGCUUUCCCCGCGGCUGCCGCCGCUCCCGCCUCCCGCCUCCCGCCGCGAUGGCCCUGAACGGCCAGGAGCCCGACAGCGGAGCCGAGUCCCUCUCCUCGGAUGAAAAAGAAGUGGUGGCCAGCAGCACGGAGAGAGAUGGCUCAGCGGAGGAGCAGCCAGCAGGAGAGGACAGUUCGGAAAGCAGCUCCAGCAGCAGCUCAGAAGAUGAGGCAGCUGAAGAGCAGGAGGAGGAGGAGGAAGAGGAGGAGGAAUUGCCACCACGCUGCGAUGAAUCAGGAGUGAGCUGCCUGCCAGCCUGCCACCACUGCAGGAAGGAAAAUGAGCAGAAGGAGCAAGUGACCCCCAGGAUGCUGUCUGGAGGACAACAUGUGCUGCAGCUGGAUGGAGAAGGCACAUACCAGUGCAGCCUCACUGGGCUGAUCUUUGAGGUGACAGGGGCUGUCAAAAUCACAUACUGCCUCUUGUCCUGGAGCAAAUAUGCCAGCCUGGUGAAGCAGCCCUGGAUCGUGGGUGGCCCUCUCUUCGACGUGCGCUGCGACUUGGCUUCCGCGCUCUCCUCCAUCCAGUUUCCCCACUCCCUCUGCCUGGCAGAUCAUGCUGCUGGCAUGGCCUUCAAGGUUCUGCACAUCAAAGGGCAAGAGGCAGCCAUAGAGCCCACGGCUGAGUACUCGGCGUCACACGUGAAGUGGGUGGUGAGCUCUCUGUCACCAGUGGGACCUCUCCUCCAGAGCCAGGAGCCAGUGCAGUACCAUGGUGCUGUCAUCCUCUACAAAGUGGUUGACCCCCACCCCUCCCUGUCCUUCCGGGUCUACGUGGCUACCAACAACGACUCCUUUAUAAAGGACAUCUCAAGAGCUGUGAAACAUUCCAACAAGAAAUUCAUUAAAAUUGACAAGCCACCUGUGUGCCAAAAGUUACUUCAGAAUGGAAAGAGAUACAGAUUGGUGUGUGAGCCAGAAGCUGAGGUCACUCCAGAGGAAAUUGAGUUUGUUGAUGGCUCCCUCUUGAAACUGAAAAGUUACAUCGAGGUCUAUCUGGAGAAACCUGAUGACUUCACCUUGUCCCUGGUGGAGCUGGAGUCGGAGGCGACCGUGUGGAAAGCAAAGCUGCGGGAGAGUGACUGGAUCCAUUAUGACCAGAACAAGAAUGAGCAGAAGAGGAGCACAGGCAGUGUCAAGAAAAGGAAGCCCUCUUCAGCAGAGGAGCCCUGUCACAAAAAGCAAAGGACUGGCAAUCCUCCAGAUGGAGCUGAAACGAAGAACCUAACAGACCAGCAGCUGAUGGUGAUCGCCAAGUUGUUUGGAAGGCAGUGGAGAGAGAUUGCCAUUGAGUGUCUUCAGAUGGAAAUGAAAGACAUUGAGCAGAUUCAGGAAACAGAGGAAGAAGUUAACAUGCAGAAAUUCCUGGUGUUAAGCAAGUGGAGAGACAGGGAACGAAGCGAGGGGACAGCAGAAGCCCUGUACCGGAGCCUCCGUGACAAAGCGUCCUACGAGAUCCUCCAGGCCCUGCAAGGGUUCUCCGCCGGCUGCUGA